AUGGCGUCGCAUGCAAAAGCUGCCAAACCUGCCUAUAUAAAUCCCAGGCAUCUCAUAUGUUUGCAUCGUAGGUGGGGGGGGGGCGGGCAGGGGGACUUUCGCCAGCCCACAGACCGCGAUGCAGCAAUUCCUGGGGGCGGGAGCUCUGGGUCGGUCAGGAGAGCGCCCCUCGACUGCUCUCUCCCCUCUGCUGCAGACCCCGCGGUCAUAUCCCCCCAAGAUCCGACGCUGGUGAUCGGCUCGUCGCUGACCGCGGCCUGCACCGUAAACAGCGACUCGCACCUGAGCGCGGAGGACCUGUACUGGACUCUGAAUGGCCGGCGGCUCCCUGCCGAGUCCUACAAGGUCCUCAACGCCUCCACCCUCAGCGUGGCACUCGCCCACCUCAACGGGUCCAAGCAGCAGUCGGGCGAUAACCUGGUGUGUCACAGCAGGGACGGCGGCAUCCUGGCUGGCUCCUGUCUCUACGUCGGAUUGCCACCGGAAAAACCAGUCAACAUUACCUGCUGGUCCAAGAACAUGAAAGACCUCACCUGCAAGUGGGCCCCCGGCACGGAGGGUGAAACCUACCUGCACACCAACUACACCCUCAAGUACAAGCUCCGGUGGUACGGCCGGGAUAACACCUGCCAGGAGUACCACACCGCGGGGCUGUACUCCUGCCACAUCCCCAAGGACCUGGCGCUCUUCACGCCCUACGAGAUCUGGGUGGAGGCCUCCAACCGGCUGGGCGUAGCCGUCUCGGACGUGGUCAUGCUGGACGUUCUCGACGUGGUCACGACCGACCCACCCGCGGACGUGCACGUGAGCCGAGUCGGGGACCUGGAGGACCAGCUGAGCGUGCGCUGGACCUCCCCGCCAGCCCUGAAGGAUUUCCUUUUCCAAGCCAAGUACCAGAUCCAAUACCGGGUGGAGGACAGCUCGGAGUGGAAGGUCGUGGACGACGUGGGGAACCAGACAUCAUGCCGCCUGGCGGGGCUGCGGCCCGGCACCGUCUACUUCGUCCAGGUCCGGUGCAACCCCUUCGGGAUCUACGGCUCGAAGAAGUCCGGGAUCUGGAGUGACUGGAGCAACCCCACGGCGGCUUCGACCCCGCGGAGCGAGAGGAUCCCCGGCGUGUGCGACCCCAAGAGCGGGGAGCAGAACAGCACCCUGCGGCGGGAGCUGAAGCAGUUCUUCGGCUGGGGGAAGAAGCACGCCCACGGCUGGGUUCUACCCAGCGAUAAGUUGUAG